CCGUCGAGCAGUGAGGCCAAAUGCUCAGUACAAACAUGGCUCGGAACACGUCGGCCGCUCUCCCGCCCUUCUUCCUCUUGGUGGUGGUGGCCUGCCUGUCUUCAGGGGCAUGGGCCAGUUAUUACUACUAUGAUUUCUCCAAUAGCUUACAAGUCUGGAACUCUACCCGUGGUUCGUGGCGCUGGACCAACGUUCAGAAUCUUGACACCGUCCUGCCGGCGGGCCCAGAUGGCUUUGCUGUUAUGGACAGUCCAAGCGCUAGUGACGAGCUCUACACGCCCUGGUUCACUGCCCCCAACGGAGGGAAGUUAGCCAUUAAAUUCUACCUUCGUUCAGAGUACGUGGGAUCCAACGAUCUAACCAUCAAAAUCUACACCGAUAAGAAUACUCGUCCAGUUCUCUUACUCGACUUGGAGAAGUAUUCUCAACCCGAUACCAAAGAAUGGUUCGUCGAAUUUGCAGAGAUGGCGCCCCAGAGCACGAGAAUAAGAUUGGAUAUCUUCUGCUUCAACGGAAAACGGGCCAAGCCAGGCGAGCCGCUGAUGGGGUGCGCUAUUGACACUCUUGCCUUCGAAUCGUAUGAAGACCCAACUACCUCAACCAUCACCCCAACCACCCUACCACCGACAGCCCCACCAACCACCCUCUUACCAACUUACCCUACAACAACCUACCCUCCAACAACCUACCCUCCAACAACCUACCCGCCAACAACCUACCCUCCAACAACCUACCCUCCAACAACCGAACCCCCAACGACCGAACCCCCAACGACCGAACCCCCAACGACCAAACCUCCAACAACCGAACCCCCAACGACCGAACCCCCAACAACCGAACCCCCAACGACCGAACCCCCAACGACCGAACCUCCAACAACCGAACCCCCAACGACCGAACCCCCAACGACCGAGCCCCCAACGACCGAACCUCCAACGACCGAACCCCCAACGACUGAACCUCCAACAACCGAACCCCCAACAACCGAACCCCUAACGACCGAACCCCCAACGACCGAACCCCCAACGACCGAGCCCCCAACAACCGAACCCCCAACAACCGAGCCCCCAACAACUGAACCCUCAACAACCGAACCCCCAACGACCGAACCCCCAACAACCGAACCCCUAACGACCUACCCCCCAACAACCGAACCUCCCACGACCGAGCCCCCAACAACCUACCCCCCAACGACCUACCCCCCAACGACCUACCCCCCAACGACCUACCCCCCAACAACCAACCCACCAACAACCAACCCCCCAACAACCAACCCCCCAACAACCAACCCCCCAACAACCAACUCCCCAACGACAGAAGCACCAUCGGGACCAUUGGUGUUUGACUUCCAGGAUGAUACGAACGGUUGGUCUUUGGUUCAAAUGAACAACGCUGCCUUUAGCAGGGUUCGAUUCCAGAGCAGUCUGGUCGACGCCCCGCCUGCUGGACCCUGGGUUCUACAGGUCUUUCAGGACAACAUCCAGUCUGGUACGGUGGUAGCCACCAGUCCUGUACUGGAGGCUGUCGACACAGAGAUGAAAAUUAGCCUCAUAUUCUGGAUGGACGGUACUGUCCACUACCCAGCUCAGCUUAAGAUUCGUCGUCGAUUCACAUUCAGCUCAUUCGAGGAGACGCCAGUCAUGAACCUGGACCCCUUCGGCAACCAGAUCAACCAGUUAUGGCUGACAUACAACGUCACCCUUACCGGGCUCACCCUAGGCCAGACCUUCUCUCUCAUACUAGAGGCGUCCCAGGGCGGUGACCCGACGAACGCUGUGGUCAUCAACAGGCUUGAAGUGAGUGGCGUCAGGGUCAUAGAAUCAGACUUUACAAUCAUGAACUUCGAGAACGGCUUGAUGGGCUGGUCGAUUGGCAACAUGGACGGGGGACUUUGGCAACUCGUCAACUGGACAACACUCAACCCGUCUCUGAAGGUCCCUCGACCAGCCACCGGAGACAUGUUCCUGAUAUCCUCACGAAACCACAUCUAUUCAGGCGUUCUGAGCAUCGAGUCUCCACUACUGCCUGCUUCAGGAGGAACCACUAAAAGACUCAAAUUUAAGUUCUGGGUUCGAGGUUCUGUCACCUACCCUGCAGUACUAAGCAUUCGCAAGAAGACUCCUGAUGGGCGCUACGACACUCUUCCCUUCGUCAAUCUGAGAAGUUAUGGCAACAUCGACAGCCAAUCCUGGCUGAACUUUCAAAGAGACGUUAUCAUCCCCCUUGAAGAAGGAGAUUUUUACUAUCAGCUGGUGAUCGAGGUGGACCUUGGAGGUAGAAACGAAAACCUUGUUGGGAUUGACGACCUCACCAUCACUACUGUCUAAUCCUAAGUUGGGAUUGACUUCUCUCCCAGUACCUGGUUAAUGACACAUGUCAACGUCUGUCUAAUCCAACGCUGGGAUGAACCUUCCUCUCUACACCCAAGAACCGACCCCAUGUCAACAAACAUCUGGGCUAGGAUUCAUAGUCAGAAUCCGGAUUCAUUUGUAACAACUUACACGAACUCUCACAAUUUACACAAAUUGAAAAACAUUUAGCUUACACUUUAAGUGGGGAUAUAUAAUUGAUCACACAGUGUGUAACAGUAAUGGCAAGUUGCGAACGGCCUCGUAGCGCUUCGGAGCUCGUAAACCCUUUUGUGAAUACAAACUAAGUCGCCAUGAUGGAGGUAAGAGGAAGAGAUGUCGUAAGCGGACGCGCAAGUGUUCUGUGAAUCCUCUCUGAUCCUGGUGUCCACGAAGGCAUCAACGCGAGAACUGGACCCAGCAACUAACACACAGAUGAGAAUAUACUGAGGCUAUAUAAUGGGAUCGAACCCUUGUCCCUAGCCUCUCCUGGCACAAAAAUACACACCAUCCAAUAAGCCAGUCGGACCAAUAUCCACGAGUACCGCCAAUUCAAUGCCACGUCAUCAACAUUGAGUCAAAGAAGUGCUUGAGUUUAGCAACAUUUGCAAUGUUCUAUAACAUGCACAAAAUUAAAAAAAGACACUCACACAUAGACAUGUGUUAUAUAUCACAUAUCGAUAUACCAACAUAAGAGGGAAGCAAAGGACAAUAGACUUUCUAUUAAGUAUUAAAACACCCAAAUGUCCAUGAUAUAUCAAAUAUAUCACUUACAUACAUAUACACCAUUUAUAUAACGUUCAUGUUCUUUACAUUGUUUCCAAUACAUAAAUAUAUCUAUCAACAUGUAAUUAAUAUUUUGAAAAAUUCUAGAACUUAACAUUUUCUAAUUCCCAGCAAUAUGCAUUGUUGUUUAGUGUACGAUAACAUGUCAAGUUUCCUGUACGCUUUAUGUGACCUUUCGUUCCUAUUUGAAAUUUGAUGAACCACAAGUAUGUAAAAUCCGUCGAUUUAAUACACUGAUGAAUAUCUCGUAUACAUAAAAAUCAAUGCACAUUGUAAAAAAAAAAUAAAAAGUUACACCUAC